ACCGGGCAACUGCAUUUCUCGCUCUCUGUCUGCCCAGGGAUUGGUUGGAUCUGGGCUACCGCAUUUCCCAUCCAGUUGAAAUUCUCAAGGGGUAGUGAGGACGGCUCUUGGCAGCCGCUGAGAACGACCCGCCCGCCUCACCUGCAUCCUGCGCGCCAAUUGGGACAAACAGGGAGUUUGGCCGGCCGCCGACACCAUGGUUUCCUUUUCGUGCGAGGCCUGUGGCGACGUCUUGACCAAGAAGAAGCUCGACCCGCAUCGGAACCGCUGUCGAGGUGCCACUUUUACCUGCAUCGAUUGUAUGGUGCACUUUCCCGGCACAGAGUACCGCUGGCAUACGAGUUGCAUGACGGAGGAGCAGAAGUACCAGGGCGCCCUCUACCGCGACAAAAAAGCCAACGCGCAGUCUGCAGCACCAUCCGCGAACAAGCACGCGGCGUCGAACACCAUGGUCCAAGCAGCUUACGUCGAAGAUGUCGCCGAGGACCAUGAUUCCUGGCGCGACUACGAACAGCGCAGCGAUGACGACGAGCAGUCUCUCGCCGACCCUCUCCCGGAGGCACCCACUCCCCCUUCUGCUCUCGAAGCACAGCGGGCGGUCAAUGUGUUCGAUUUCCUCGUCGCCAACCCGACACCGACGGCCUCCCAUGUUUCUCUUCCAGCCUCUGCGCCUAUCCAGCUAAGCAAGGACACACAGCUGGUUCGCUUUGACCCCGAUGCAAAUGGCACGGCCGGCCCCCUCAAUGACGACGGCGCGAUGGUCCAGUACGGCACUGGUCCGGUGCCGACCAACUUCGAGACACCUGCGGCAAAGACAGCGAGGAGAAAGACGAAGGAGGGUGACAAGGACGCUAAGAAGGAUAAAAAGCGGAAACGGCUACACAUCGAGACCGACCACAUCAUGACCGACGCGCCGCCCGUGUUGCACUCGGGGUUAACUGGAGGCAUGAGCCGGUUGAUGUCCAGACCGUCUGUGUUCCCGCCAUCGCCCGACUACUCCGGUGGCGACGCUGCCGAAACACCGGCUAGCCCUCUGAAGAAGUCGAAGUCGAAGCACCACAAGUCCAGCCGGACAACGGAGACGCUGGGCAACAGCCUGAUGGCCAUGAUCACCGCCGGAUCCAAAUCCAAGUCGACUUCCAAGAAGCGCACAAAAACAAAAUCGAGCUCGACCCCGUCGAAGCCCAAGAAGAAGCGCACGGCCAAGGCCCUCGAAGCGCCCAAACAGCAAAAGCUGCUCGAGUUCACACCGGGAUCCAAAGACGGCAAGGAGGAGAGCGGUGCCCUCGUCGUGUUCAAGCCGCGGGCGGAGCACUUCCUGAGCUUUGUGAACAAGGGACCCGAGAGCGAGCGCGGAUGCAGUGUCAAUAAGGCGCUGAAGAGGUACCAUCGCGAGAGGAGUGCGUCGGGGAGCGGCCUCAGCAAGGUGAUGGAAGAGAAGGAGCUAUGGAGAUCGUUGCGGAUGAAGAAGAAUGAACGUGGCGAGAUCGUGCUGUUCUGUCUUGAUGAUUGAGCGGCUGGGGGGCAUUUUGCAUUUCAACGGAGGCUUUCAUCUAUCAAGGGGCAGGGCAGAGCGGGAGAUACAUCGGGCCGGGAGUUAAUGACGAGGGCACGCGGCAUAUCCCUUGAUUUCAUCUUGUUUCCUUCUCAUGAUGAUACCUUUUUGUUUGUGUUUGGAAUAUGAGGGCAUUUGUGGGCCCGAGCGCUGCGUUGCUUUUAUGGCUUCCCUGAUUUUGGGGUUUCAAGGUGCAAGAGUCGCAGACUCACCUGGCAUCCGCUUGCUCUGUCUUACUUCCAUUUGACAAUGGUGGUUUUCUUGAUUGCGCUUCUUUGAUUGCUCGUCG